AUGGAAAGAACAAAUAAUCGAUCUACCUCCCAAGAAAUAUACAAUAAGAAGGUCCGAAAGGUUCCUCGGACAAUUAGAGAGUCCUUCAUUGAGUGCAUUGAUAGAUACAGUCAGAACAAAGAGGCUGAGGCUUGUAAAACACCUGCUAAAACAGUCCUCAAAAAGAAGUUUAUUAGGAACUCUAAAAUAAUUUUAACCAAUCGAAAGAAUGCUGAAUUGGUAAUGAAGAAGAAAUAAGGCAAAAAGAAACAAAUGAGACCUUCCUCCCUCCCAUAUUAAAGUUCUCCAACAACUGAAAAAGCACACUGACUUGAUCCUUCCCUCUUUGAAAGAGAAGCAGGAACUAGGCAUGGACCUCAAAGAAGGCACAAGUCUUAGCCAAGAGCACCAUUUUCAAGAAUAUAUCAAAAUCAAGUUUGGGCUUGAUAUGAAAAAUUAUCAUGGAGAAGGAACUUAUGAUCGAAACCCAAGAAAAUCUCAAAUAUUGAAUGCGUUAAGAAGUUUCGAGAGAUUCAGAAGAGCUAAUGUACCACUCACCAGCAAACAUUUGAGUUUGAAGAACUCACCCAGAAAUAGUUCACUAGGCUCAAUCCCAAAUAUUAAUAAAUUCGUAAAUCAAAGCAUGACUGCAGAUGCCCUUAAUCCUCAGAAUAAGACUCUCCUAUAUCCUGAAGAUAGAAUAAACGUAAAAAUAAUGGAAGACUGAAGUAGUUCUGUUUCUUCAGGAGAAAAUAUCGAUCAAAUGAUCCCAAAUUUUAAUUCAUCUAAAACGAGGAAUGAACACUCUCCGAUAGGGAUUGAAAGCAAUGGAAAAGAUACCAUAUUGGUCAAGAACAACUCCUAUUCAACCAUAAAAUUGCCAGUACUGACUCAGAAAAACUUGGAGAAGGAUCUAAAUGCAAGAAUACACUUUAUUCUUUAGAUGAGUGAAGGA